AUGCCCUAUCGCAAGGGUGACAGGCACAAGGCCGCAGUCGACGAGAUCCUCGAGUCGCUGGUCGGUCUCACGCGUGCAUCGCCCGGCUUGUGGGCCGAGUUGGUCAAGCUCGCGCGGAAAUGGCAUUGCAAGUCCCACCCGGGGGUCGUCUACGCAGAGGACCGGGCCCGCGAGUGGUUGGCGCUGUUUCCGGGCGGGCCUCCGGCCGUAGUAAUCACCACUAUCAAUCCCUUUGAUAAGGCUCAAAUGAAAAUAAAGGAGCUUCUCCGCCCUUUGUCGUCUCAAUGUCGCGUCAUUGCGGAGAGCACCGGCAAGCGGUGCCAAAAGUCCAUCGCCGGGAGGAAUAUGCGCCAUUGCGACAACUUGGCCGACGAGAUUGCGAGGCUCGCCGUUAGCCUGGAUGACGAGAGGCUCAAGGUCUCGCUCGAGCUCCUCGACCUGGUUGGGCGCUGCUGGGUGCACGACAAACUCGACGCUGCGUGGGUGGCAAAUUGGCUGUCGCAAAUCCGCGACAUCACGAGGAGCCUACCGCGGGCCGCCGCUCCGGUGGGACUGUCGUCCACGCCCGCGCUGCAGUCGCUCACGGAGUUUAAGCAAGACAUUUGUAGCAGGUCCACGCCGUCCGGCCACGACGAGUCCCCGCUACGCAUUGUCGACCGGUCUGUCGAGCCCAGAGACCGCGAGUCCAUUCACCAGCGCGUCACCAGCAAGUACCGAAAGCCACUAACGAAAGAAGAACAGGCAGUCGAGUGGGGCUUCCUGUACGCGUACACGGUCAAGGGUAAUCCCAAGUACGUCAAAAUUGGAUACACGUCUCGUGACGUGACUACACGGCACAUCGAGUGGCAGACGGCUUGCGACCGGCAGGUGGCGGCCGCGUAUCCGGUGGACUCCAAAGAUGCAGUGUUGGUCCCCUAUCCGCGGCGGGCCGAGGCGCUGUGCCACACGGAGCUAGAGGAUUGCCGGGUCCGGGUCGCGUGCGGGCCUUGCCGCGUCCAGCACGAGGAGUGGUUCGAGGUGUCUAGGGAAGUAGCCGUGGAAGUCAUUCAGAAAUGGACCGCGAAGAUGGUGGAGAAUCCGUACAGAACGGUUUAA